GUAACAUGGCUAGAAGCAAUAUUAAAUUCGUGUCGGCUUUUGUAUUUAUUUGCUUGGUGAAAGGGAAUAUGGCCCAAGUGGAAAGUGCCGAUUUGAACCUUGAUGAUAUUCUUAACGUAAAUCUUAUGCCAUCCGCCUUGUUUUUGCAUCAAGACGUGCCGGUGAUCAGUAACAAUAGUGUUCCAGAAGUUAAAGUAAAAGGAGACUUUAGUAAAGCAUAUGAACUAAUGGGGUUUCACAGGAAAAUGAUGAACGAGUAUCAAUGCAACAACUUUAUUGUCAAACAAAUAAUGCUGGAAAUUGGCGGUCCAACCAUGAACUCAAGUUUAUACCAUCGUAUUGGUACACCAGCCGAAGGAGAAAAUUCAACUUACCCAAACAUGACUACAACUAGGCAGGCAAAAAUGAUUCCAAACGGAGAGUUGCUAUAUGAUUCUGGAUCAUCGGGUUAUAAGAAUUGGCUUUCAAAAACAACUACUUUAGAUGACAUCUACAGACAGUUUUCAAGCAACAGCUUGGCAGUACCCUCAAACAAUACUCUAGCAACGAGAAGCCCAAAAGGUAAAGAUCCAAAUCUUAAUCGUCGAAACAGUUACGGCGUGGAUGAACUUACUGAAGACGAUUAUGAAGAAGGAGAUAUCACAGGCUACGCAGUACAGCAACCAAUGCCUAUACAGCAAACUGAGAAUUUAGGAAUCGGAGUAAUACCUGGAAGGAACAUUGCAGAGAUACCAUUACCCGUACCAUAUCCUACUGCAGGUAGUAAAAACGGUUAUUAUCCUUCUGGUCAUGACGAAUAUGAAGAGGGUUAUGGUACCGACACCUAUGGUCCUUCUGCAGGUUACCAUUCUAAGGAGCUGGGCUUGAAAGAUGUUAUGGAGAUAGCAAUGACAACGUUGGCAUAUCUAUCGUUUGGAAUGUUCAUCCUGCAAGUUUUGAUGUGCAUAACAAUGGACAAAUCAAAUAACAUGAUGAUGAUGCCCAUGGAAGCUCCUGAUGGUGGCAGCGAAGUAGAAGAAAUUCGUAGAAAAAAGCGAUCAAUUAUGAACGAAAGAUUGCUGAGGAUCAACGAGAUAACACGCCGCGUUCUGCUCUCUAUGGAUGCGGUUACAUAUGUAGAGGAGGAUGGCGGCCAUUGUUUAUUCCGUGUCCUGUGUGAGAACAAUAAUUUCGCUAGAAACCAACAGGACAGGCAAAAAUAUUGGAUACCUGUCUGGGGACUGGGUCUAAGCUGGUUGUCUUCUCGCAUGGCUCGUCCAAAUACGCCAACCAAUAUGAGAUUGGCAAGUUUGAAGGCUUCCGUGUUUGGUCUAGGAGGCGCGGAUUGUGCUCAAACUUAUUCCGCUUGUGAUUUGGACAGAAUGGCAGCUAAUCAGCGGAAGGAAAAUGAGAAGUUGGAUGCAGAGUCAAACGAUUUUAACUUUAGUUGGUUUACAUAUGGGCAUGGCGCUAAAUCAUUUCAUUCAGAACUCGCCAUGGAGUAA